AUAGUUUUAAAUUGCAGAAUGCCGGGCGCAAGCAGUCGGUCUCCAGAAGCCUGAAGCAUCUGUUCCAUUCUUCAAACAAGUUUGUGAAGACUUUGAAAAGAGGGCUUUAUUUAGCUGUGAUAUUUUAUUACAAAGACAACAUGUUAGUAACCAAUGAAGAUCACAUACCAAUAGUGGAAAUUGAUGAUUCUCACGCCAGUUCUAUUAUGCAAGAUUUUCUCUGGUUCACAAAGCUGUCUUGUAUGUGGGAUGAUAUCAGAUGGCUGAGGCAGAACAUGUCUGUCUCCAUGUCCUCCUCCACAGCGCUUCAAGCCAGGCAGAAAAUGCUCUCUGCAGCAGCCCAGUUACAGAACCUGUUAGGUACACAUAACUUGGGCCAAGUCUAUUAUGAACCAAUCAAAGACCGUCAUGGCAAUGUUAUCAUAGUUACAAUAAGAGAAGUGGAGAGUCUCUAUUCCUUUUUUAAUGGCAAAUGGAUGCAGAUAUCUAAGCUACAAAGCCAGAGAAAAUCCCUUUCAACACCUGAGGAGCCAACAGCAUUAGACAUCUUGCUCAUCACAAUCCAGGAUACACUUUCCUAUCACAGAAGGAGCCAACAGUGUCUGGCUCCUGGCCUUUAUUUGGGCUACUUAAAACUCUGCAGUUCCGUAGAUCAGAUAAAAGUGCUUGUGCUGCAAAAGCUGCCCAACAUUCUGUGCCACGUUAAAAUCCGAGACAACUGCAAUGUGUCCAGAGAGGAAUGGGAAUGGAUCCAAAGACUUUCUGGCUCAGAAUCUAUGGAAAAUAUGGAUCAUUCUGCAGAGUGCCCGACUCGACUGUUUUUUGAGCUCCAAAUGGCAAUGAAAGCUCUUCUUAAACAGAUCAAUCUACCUCUACAACAGGCUAAGCUGUUCCGUCUGUAUACACAGGAGGUGUUGGAACUGGGUCACAAUGUGUCCUUUCUUCUCCUGCUCCCUGCCUCAGACGACGUCUGCACUGCCCCAGGACAGAAUAACCCUUACACCCCCCACACAGGAUUCCUUAACCUCCCUCUUCAGAUGUUUGAACUCGUUCAUUUCUGCAGUUACAAGGAGAAAUUUAUUAGUCUCUAUUGCCGCCUUUCUGCUGUCAUAGAGCUAGAUUUUCUGAGCACCCAGCAGUCCCUAAGGGAAGCAAUUUCAGACAGUGAAGUCGCCGCUGCUAAGCAAAGACACCAGCAGGUCCUAGAUUACAUACAGCAAAUUGAUGAAAUAUGGCGUGAAAUGAGGUGGAUCAAUGAAGCACUGCAGUAUGCACGGUAUAGACCAACAACGUCUGGCUUACCAGUCAUGAAAAUUUUGGAUCUCUCAGAGGAACCCCUGCAGAAGAAAAUAAGCUCAACAUCCUCCCAUCUCGACUGUCUUCCAUCCCCACCUCCCUCUCCAGAGAUGGAGAUACAAAGAAGAAAAGCAGUGAGUGAUUCCCAGCCAUAUUCUGAUGAAGAAGGUUGCUCAGAAGUGUUCCUCCCAACCGACAGUGACUAUGAUUCUAGUGAUGCUUUGAGUCCAAGGGAGCUGGAUUUGGUUUAUUCAUCCUCCCAGGAUAUCUCCCAUCAGGCAGUGAGUUGUCUGAGUGGCAGUGCCCCAGAUGUCCUCCAUGUCCAUGAUAUCAAACCUUGCCUAACUCCAAAACAAAACCCAAGAGGAAGCAGUGUCUUAGAGGCAGAUGUGGACCAGUCUACAGAGAACAUGCAGAGCCUGUCAAUAGGAAGGCUUUCACCAAAAAGCACAGAAAAGAAUUCCAGCUCAAGGCAAUCCUUGAGUUUUCUAGGGAAGAAGAAACAUGGGAAACAUCAGCACUACAGUUAUUUCAGCCGACACCAUCGUUGGCUCCGUGUACACAGUGAGACCCAGUCUGUCUCUCUUUCUGAAGGUCUCUACACUCCCCAUCUCAUGCAAGCCAUGGACUUCUCUCAAGAGCCCACUCCUGGUGAGCAGAUCAGCAUUUCUAUUGAUUGUCCCCGCAGCACUUUCUUACCUCAUGCUUCAAGCCUCCCAGAAGAAGGGAAAGACAAAUACCAGGAACUGAGGCCAAACAUCCGCAGGAUAUAUGUUGAGCCUUACAAGACCACGUUGUCCACUGAAGGUAACACCCGGUCUGGAGAUCAUACAGAUUUGCACAGCCCUUUGGGUCAGGGCAGGAUUGCAGAAGAUCAGUCUUGUUCUAACAUCACCGAAGUGUUCAGUAGUGAUCUUUAGGAGAUCAUGUUGCCCAGUAGCGCUGCUCCUCAAGCCUGCCUUCAAAAUAUGAUCACAGUUACCACAAAUGGAAGACUAGUUCUUCAAAACAAACUUUGCAUUCAGAAGUCUCAAUUCGCGUCUCUACCAGACUGAGAGCAGAUUUUCAGUAUGGUUUUCUAAAAGAAGACAUAGAAAGGCUCAACUUUUGUAUAUAUGUUUACUUGCACUACUACUUCUAAAGUAAGAAGGCUGUUUCCUGACUCUUUAGGCUUAUUUGGUGUUUUAAUAGGGCAGAAAGAAAUGUUAUCUUUUUCACAUGAAAAAGAAGCUUGUAGG